AUGCGAAUUCACAUACGCUUCAUUGCUCUUUUCCUUGUGGCCAUUGCUGGUGCUGCUGCAUUCCGCAUCUACCAUGACAGCAUUGUCGAAGCCAUUCAAAGGGUCGCCAUACGCAUGCGAGCGUAUCCAUAUAGCUCCAUUAUUUUGGGAUUGAUGAUACUGGCAACAUCGACGCCACCUAUGUUGGGCUUUACAUUCCUUGUCACCUUGUCCGGUUUCGUCUAUGGUUUCCCCCAAGGGGUUGCGCCUGCUAUGAUUGGUGGUUACGUGGGAGCUAUGAUUUGUUUCGGAUUGAUUCGCCACUACAAUUUUGCUCGGUUCAUUCGGCUUUCACCAUCCAAACAAGAGAAGUAUCAUGCGAUUCAAGAGGCAAUUGCAGAAGGAGGCUUUGGUAUGCUGCUGAUGAUCCGCUUGACACCGAUUCCAUGGCAAUUCACCAACAUGAUCUUGGCGUUGAUACCCACCUUAUCACCUAAACGAUACGCCAUUGUGACAUUUAUUGCAUCGUGGAAAUUAUGCUUGGAAGUAUGGUUUGGAUCCCAACUUGCCAGUUUAUCCGAUCCCGAUUUGCCUCCUUCGGCCCAUCGCUUGACCAUGGUGACGCUUGGUGUUGGUGUGUUGAUCUUGGUUGGAUUGGCUUUAUGGUUACAUCGUUUGACAUUGACCAAGGUCAAGCAAAGACAAACAGUAAAUCAAGGUGCGUGA